AUGGUCCUUCUCUGUCUGUCUUCAAUCUGUCCAGUUGUCUCACAGGCAGGAUUCAUUGAAGAGCCACAUGAGGGUAUCAACUUUUACCAACCAUUCAAUGUCUACCCCAAGUCUUCAACAUCACUCAAUCCAACAACUCAAAAUGCCAAACCACAGACCCCUGAAUUGGCUCAUAACAAAGAAUUUGAUAAGCUCCUCUCUAUGAAAAAGAAGAUUCCAAGUCAUCUACAUAUGGGAUUAGAAAAAUUGGCUUCUAAGUUGAAAAUUACCUCAACAUCAACAGGGCUUGAAGAAACAUUUCACCCAAGUGUAUUUCUUGAAGGUCAGGAACUUGAACAAUCAGUGAGACAUGCAGUCUAUAUCCUAGAAAUGUAUGAUUUAACCAUGAGAGAUAGAAUUUGGGUUCUGGCUGUCUUGCAACAUCUUCAAGGUUAUCUUCCCAAAGGUCACAUGAAGGCAAUGAAGACAGAUAUGACUGAGGGGCCAAUAAGCUAUGCAGCCCUACAGUGUAAAUUUCUAACUUUUGAUGGCGAUCCAAAAUUAGGAUUGAAUCUUAUAGGUGCUAGUCAAGCUGUAUGGGAACAUCCAUGGCACAUGUCAAAGUAUAUUGAUUUGUCUUUGGAAGAGGCCUUCUUCCGGUUGACAACACUUGUUAAGAUUAAACAAGAGCUGGAUAGUCAUCCAAAUACUGAACCAUCCAGGUUUACCAAGGAGACUUAUGAUGCCUUCCUACAGGAAAGCACACCAAUUCCAGUUAAAAAUUGGAAGAUUAUCCUGAUCAAGUGCUCAAAAAAUUUAGCUGCUAUCAGUGUACAGAACUGGGAAAGAGAGAUUUCAUACAGUGUUAUGCAUUGGUACAAAAGAGCUGAUUCCAGCACCAAAAAGGUCGUAGAGGAUUUAAAGUCACAAGAUGAUUCCUUCAAGUGGAUAUUUGAACGUGAAGAAUUGCUCAAGGAGCUCGAUUAUGUCUUUAAAAGAGAAAAGAUUAGUCUGGGACCUUUUGGGAAGGCAAUUACACCCUUGCUUUCACCUCAGAAUUUGAACAUCAACACUUUCAAAAGUGCAGCAGAAUCUAUCAAAGUUGCUAAACAUGAAAACGAAUUUCAUGAAACUUUAUCACCUGAACUAUGGGCUCAGAAAGAAGAUUACAUCAUUGGGUGGCUACAAAAACUUUGCCCUUACAUUGAUGGUGCUAAGUCAUAUCUUAAAGAACAGGUAGAGUGGAACGCUUCCAAAAUCUAA